CCUCCCCCUAGAAGUUCAUAAGCUUUGAGGAGAGGAUGUGUUGGCAUCUACGUCGGAAUCUGCCUGCACCUGUUGUUAAUUUGCCUGACACUGCUGCUGGACACCAUGCGUACGCCGGGUCUACAUAUAUUUGGGAUGGUGUUUGCUCCCUGCGGCUUGCUGCUGGAUCUGAUCAGCACUGCAGCUCCGAACUGGAGAGUACUCAGUAAUAUUCCGAAUCAAGCGACUGAUAUGAUACUACAGCAGGGAAUCUGGGAUAUAUGCCGAGCUUCCACAAUUACCACCACGGUAACGUGUAGCCAGCCAGACACAACUUACUUCAGCCAACAGAUAAUCCCAGUCGCCAAGGGCUUGAUGAUCGCAUCUCUGCUGGUCACACUGCUGGGCAUUGCAGUGGCCACAUUCGGAGUUAGAUGCUGGAGAGAUCGGCCAAACUGGAUAAUCGCAGGAAUUGGGGGUAUUUUUAUAUUUCUCUCUGGUGUCAUGACUCUGAUUCCCAUUUCGUGGUACACGAACAUCAUAACAACCAUCCCAUCAGUGACCUCUAGCAUUGCACCGGGAUAUUGCAUUGUUCUGGGUUUCAUCGGCGGCAUCAUGGAAGUUCUCGGCGGAGCAGCCCUGAUAAUCGGAAUGUGCUCUUGCUGCGGCGGGUGGAACCGGGGAGAGAGACGUUCGAACAACAAAACCACUUACUUCCACAGCACAGCGGCCAUGCCCCGGAGGAUCGAGGUGCCCAGCAUCAGCAGGACCAGGAGCGAAGCCAGCAGCGUCCCGUACUCCAGAGACACUCUGUACGAGCGGGACUUUCCUCGGGCAAAGACUCCGGGGAGGAUCAACACCACGUACAGUAGCAGAAUGUGCGACGCUGAUUUGACAGCUGCGCUGUUUUCGUCCGUUUUUGUUACCGAAUCCUAUUACUUAACCCCAGUAUUUCGAAGCGAAUUUCGUGAACGUUGUACUGUGAUCGCGAUGCCAGACGUGUGUAUCCUGGCGCUCGGAGUGGUGGCCAGCUUUUUGGGCUGGCUCUUCAACCUGAUCGCCACCGGCGCGCCCGCCUGGAGGGCUGUAGGGUCGAUCCUGGGAGUACCUCUAGAGACGAUUAUUCACCAGGGCCUUUGGGACAUUUGUACUGAGGUCCCUGGGGGUGGCCUCACUUGCCAGCAGAAGGACGCGCAGUACUUCGCCGAGGAAGUUGUGAUAGCGGCCAGAGGUCUCAUGAUAACCUCGGUCGUUCUCACCGGCAUUGCUCAGAUACUGACUGUGCUGGGAUUUCGCUGCUGGCGCCGCACGCCAGACUUCCUGCUCGCGGGUCUGGGCGGCGUGGCCGUGUUCUGCGGCGGUGUUUUUUCGCUCGUCCCGCUUGCCUGGUACACAAGUCAGCUGAAAGUAAUGGAAAGCAGCGGCACGGAACUGCAUGCAGAUUACUGCAUUGUGCUGGGAUUCAUUGGCAGCAGUUUUCAGUUGAUCGGAGGAGCCUGUUUAAUGGCCUUCUUCUACAACUUCUGUAGGACGAGGAGAAACGCUGGAUAGAUCACGUCUGUGGAGUGUAACCCGACGCACAGGACUGGAGUCACAAUGCAAGGAUACACUAAUCGUAGCCAUCGAGAAGUUGAACACGGAAAUCCAGACUUGGACAUUCACCCGUGACACUUGAAUACCAACACGAAGAUGUCCGUCCCGACAGCCCAUCCUUCUGGCGGAACCGGACUAUGACGUAUAGUCAAACAUUUGUGAUGCGAAUGUUUAUACAGUGAAUUAUACUCCAAGUAGUUAGGUGGUACAAUUAAGCCGCUUGAAAACUGUUGUAUGCACUAUUCAAGCACUUUAGGGUAAUGUUAUGAAAGUGGAAUUAAAUUAGUACAAAGUAAUAUAGGCCUAAUCGAAAGGGAGUUUUUUUAAUUGACUUUCAUGUUAAAGCAUACAACAUACUCUGUAUGUAUCGUAAAAUACCUUGACCACAUGGUCUCCGUUCUGGGUGGGGCCAUGUGUGGUGAAUUUAAUGCUGCCCCCCUAAUUUCUGAGGUUGUUUUUUUACGGUAUUACUGAAGGACUGAGUUGUUGAUUGUAGGUCGAUUUACAAUACAAAGAAGUAUUUGAUAAAUGCAUUACUAGGAAUUUUGUCAAUAAAAUUUCAAACAUCA